AUGAGGACUUUGUGUAUUUUGUUUCUCGGAUUAACCUUCCUUAUUUAUGAAAGUCAGACAGGCAAGCUACCUGCACCAGUAUGUCAGUUCCGGCAACCAGUAGACAUCCUUCUAGUAGUUGGAGAUACGAGAACAACUCUACGUUACAGUCUUGGUCGGACAGUAAUCGCACCAGGCGUCACUAGCUUCAUCUACAACAUGCUCCGACUAUUCUCUUUCCGACUGGAACGAGCCGGUAUCAUGGCGUUCAGCGAUACACCUAGAGUUAUAGCUCCACUGAGUAACAACUUUAAUUUCAUCAAUCAACGCAUGAUGUGGUGGAAACCAGAAUUCCGUGGCACGCAGACGUACAGAGCACUGUUUAACGUCAGAAACUAUUUCCGCCUUAGAAGCAGACGUCAAAGUAAGAAGAUCGCCAUUUUGAUGGUUGAUGGUUGUUCCGAUCAAACAGAUCUGACAGUCCAGCAAGCCGAGUUGGCCCGUCAAGAGGGCAUCACCAUAAUAUCUAUGGGUUUCUCUAACAAUGUAAACAGUACAGAACUACAAAAGAUCUCAGGAGAUAGUCGGUAUGUGUUUGGAGUCACCAAUGACCUUUUCCUGUCCUCGUUAAUUCCCACUAUAAUGAACACCAUCUGUGCAAUUGGCAAUGAAGUUUUGAUCUCCUCUCCAUCCACCAGCCCGAUAACAAGUCCAGUAACCAGUCCCACGCCUCCCGCUCCGCUCGCUGAGUUGAUCCUGAUUAUGGACGAUUCUGAAAGCACCCGAGAUUUUUCCGGAAUUAAGUAUAACUACAAUAGACAGAUAGGAGAAUUCGUCAAGACCAUUACCGUCAACAUGAACCUAGAGACCUGCCAUCUUGGAAUUAUCAUGGUUAGUGACACCGCCCGGGUAUUAGUCAACCUCGGCACCAACUUGCCAACCAUGACGUCUGCUUUUGGCGAGUUCGCGCCAGAAUUUCUAGGAACCAAUACAGUAGAGGGAUACAAAUCUGCUACCACCAUGUUUGCCACAAUGUCGUCUGCGAAUUCCACAACCAGACGAUACUUGGUGCUCGUGACAGACGGCGUUCCCAUGGAUACGUCUGACAUUACUCAAUAUACCAAAUCACUUGAAGACAAGGGAGUUAACUUGGGGCUUUUAGCUUUCAACACAUUUCAUGGAUUGGUAAUGACGACUGCUGAUAAGACAGCAUUUUUGCAGAAUUCGUCAUGGUAUCUGACUGCUCAGUCUAACACUUUAGUCGACAGAGCCAAAGACAUAGCAGGCGUCGUCUGUCCAUGA